AUGGCCACGUUUGCUUCGUCUGUGGCAAGUCUUCUCCCUGAAUCGGAUAUAUAUGCGUUGAAGACGGACCCAGCUUGGCAUCAUCCUAGGCAGUGGGCGAUUGCUUUGGUCAUUUACACGGAGCAAUCUGUGAGGCUUUACACCUCUCGUAACGGUAAAAGCUAUCGACUUUCCAACGUCGAGUAUGACCGACUGAUGCAGCACGGCUUCAAUCAGCUGGCCUUAUGGUUGAGACAAAAGGAAACAGGGAUAAUGUGGCUGCCCUUGGUGGUUAGCGAGGUGCCUUCUCGGAGUGAGAGGGGACCAAUCGCUUGUCUUAAAGCUGCACACAGCGAUAUUGGGAGUCCUUUCCGUGGCCUAACUGACGGAGGCGUCAUGAUACUGCGCGGCCUGGCGGGUUUGGUGGGAUCGUAG